AUGACAGAAAUAUUAUUAUCUAAAGAUUUUCCAAAUCCUAAAAAUAUUAAAAAUAAAAAAAUUAAAAAUAAAAUAUCAACAGAUGUCAAACUUGCAAUACUAUCAUCCAAAAAAAUUCAAACCAAUGCCCAAUUUAACAACAUAAAUGAUCAUGGCUAUAUUAAAUUAGCUAGCCAUAAAAACGAUAAAAGUUUAGAGAAAAAAAAGGUAACUCAUAAUCAAAAAUUUCCAAACACUACAAAUGACGCAAAUGAAAGUCUCAUUAAUUUAAGUAAACAAAAGGGAGAAUUAAAAAUUGUAGAAUCGAAAACAUUAAAUAACGAAGAUGUUUUAGUAACCAGUUCAAUCAAAGUUAAUCAAAAAUAUAUAUAUGAAAAUGCAGAUGUAGGAACACAAAAAAAAGUUUUUGAUCUACAUCUAAAUUUAGGACCUUAUACAUGUAAUUAUUCGAGAAAUGGAAAACAUUUAUUAGUAACAGGAGAAAAAGGACAUAUAAGCUUGUUAGACACACAUAAUAUGGAAUCAUUAUGUGAAUUAGAUGUAAAUGAAACUGUUAGAUGUAAUACCAUAUUCCAUAAUCAUAAAUUAUUUGCAGUGGGUCAAAAAAAAUAUAUCUAUAUAUAUGAUAAUACAGGAAUUGAAGUAAAUUGUAUAAAAGAUAUUUUAUAUCCUUCACAAUUAGAAUUUUUGCCUUAUCAUUUUUUACUUGCAUCUAUUGGUGAUUUAGGAGAAUUAGUAUAUCAAGAUAUAUCUGUAGGAAAUAUUGUUACGAGAAAAAAAACAAAAAGAGGUCCAUGCUCAAUUAUGAAGCAAAAUAAACAUGAUGCAAUUAUAUAUCUAGGACAUAAAAAUGGGCAUGUAACUUUAUGGUCACCAAAUAUGGAUAAAAGUGUUUGCGAUAUAUUUUGUCAUUAUACUCCCAUAUCAGCUAUUGGAAUACAUGAUAAUUAUUUAAUUACAUCUUCGCUAGAUUGUACAUAUAAAUUAUGGGACAUUAGAAAACUUGAAUAUAUUAACACAUUUAAAUCUCAUAAUAUCAUAAAUAAUAUCGAUAUUAGUGAUACAUCUUUAGUUGCAUUUACUAUGAAUAGCCACUUUAGAACUUAUAAAAAUUUUUUUACAAAACCAGAGUUAUAUUUAACUCAUAAUACUUAUGGUGAUAAAAUUAAUUCAAUAGCUUUUCAACCUUUUGAAGAUAUAUGUUGUGCAGGUUUAAAAUAUUCAAUAAAAUCUUUUAUUGUUCCAGGAUCUGGACUAGCUAAUAUAGAUACAUUUGUUAAUAAUCCAUAUGAAACUAAAAAACAAACUAAAGAAAAUGAAAUUCGACAAUUACUUGAUAAAUUACCUCCUGAAACUAUUCAUUUUAAACAACACCAAAUAGGAAAAAUUAAUCCAUACCUUACUCUAGAUCAUGCCAAAAAAAAUAUUUCACCUGAUCAAGCUAACAAAAUUAAUACUGGACGAUCAAAAAAUAAAAACAUCUCACUCAAUAGACAUGCAAAGAACAAAGUACAAUUUCCAAACCACAUACCAACAUCCAAAAAUACUGGAAAAAAAAAUAAAAAAAAACGAAAAAAAAAUAAAGUUAAAUAG